ACGUAAACAUCAAGACUGGUUUCCCUGCAACAUCAAUCAUCUGAUUAUGGUAUUAGACUUUUGUGCUUAUCAAGCAUAAGCAUAGUCCUAACACGAUUACUUUACCACCGGCAAAAAGAAUAUGGUUAACGUGUAAAUCUGUUACAACAUUGUUGUGCACUAGAAGAAGCCUUUACUUUCAUACCCAAAGGAAGAAGGUGCGAUCAACUAUCGUUACUUCCGUAAUGACUUGAAAAUGGUUACAUUAGUCACUAAACAUCACAACUAUCGUUUUCUCAAGGCUAAUCGUUCUAUACCAAACCCCCACCCACUCAUAAACCACAUUGUUAAAUCAUUAUAACACAACAGAAGAAAUGAUCCCAUCUUAAAAGAAGAAUCCACUAAUUAUUAAUUAAAUCCACUACCGUUAGAAAAUGGCAGAUUCCGACAUAGAGACCAGCAGCAACCAUAACAGCAACAACAGUGUCAGCAACACCUCAACCGCUUCAACAACAAGCGUUCAUAUUUCUGCUCUCGACGGGAUAGUCAACGCAAAUUCUCUCUUCACCGUUGCAGUCUUUGUUGGAAUCUCUUUCGACCAACCGAGUGACCUCACUCUCACGAACCGUACCGAGUGCAACGCGGGACUAGACGUGGAACGAGACCUAGUUGUGUUUGAAGUCAUCUCAUUUGCAUUCUUCCUCUUCUCAUCCCUCGUGGCUCAAGGGCUGAAGCUAACCAUCAACUUGUUGAACAGUAAAGAAACAGACGAGGUGUUUAAAGCAGAUAUCGAUUGUGGUCUGCUUCGUCUAGGUGUGGUUGGUGCAGCGGGUGGAUCCAUAUUGGGAUGUGUGUUCCUUCUGUUGUCAAUGGUUGAAAUUAUUCAGCUCCGUCUCGGACUACUCUCUUGUGGUAGCUCAUUGGCCAUUCAUACCGUGUUGGCGCUUGUGGUCUUGGUAUCUUCUGCUCUUAGUGUUUAUAUAUUCACUAUAAUUUAUUCUUUCAAGAAAUGAUUGAAUAUUUUUAUAUGUUAAGAACUCUAACACUUGUAAAGUAAGAAUGUAAGAUAUAGUUGUGAAUUUGUAGUAUAAUGUAUGAUGAAGCCCAAUACAAUGUACGAAGAAAAUACAUGUAUCUAGAUUUAAAAGCAAGUCUGGUAAAGUAUAAAUAUCUCUAAGAGAGAAGAUUUAUUGUAACACUUAGCUGCCUCUUUGAGCAGCCUCCUUCAAACUCUCUCUAAUCUGUAUGAAAUUAAUCAAUCUUUAAUCUUUUGGUGACAACUCACAAUUUCCCUUUUACUUUUUUGGUGCACAUAAUAAAAAUUUCAUGGCUAUUUGCUUUUCUAUCUACUUGACUAUUUCUAUCUAAAGAAAAGCUUUUAGAGUAUAACUCUUCUUGUGUUUUUAAUCCGCUAUCAGUAUCUGCGUAAAAAAAAGAUAUAAUGUUUAAAUAACGUAAAGCAAAUAUAUCCUUCGGUUGAAAAGAUGCUUACCAAUAAUGUGAACUCUGAGAAACUCGGUCAUCUCUCUCGGUAUUUAGCAAAACCACAAAAAACUCCAGCAAUGAAACCAGCUCUAUUUCUGCGCAUUCCGUGAGAAUUGAAAUUCGACACUUGAGACUGUAAGAGCAUACAAACUUAUCAACAAGAAUAAAGCAGUAGUGUGAAGCUAUCGAUGAUAAUAGGUUGAAGUGCAUACAAGGGAAAUCAAGAAACCACCCAAAACAGUCCAUAUAUAUAUUGCAAAAGAGACGGAAUUUUCAAAUACUUCAUUUAAUCACUAGAACAUUAUUACAAUCGGCUUAUAAUUAAACUUUUUGACUCCGACUCGAUGGAGCUGUAGGAAAACUCCAACAAACAAGACCAGCAAAAUUAGAUUUUUUAAAGUACAUAUGUCUAGCUUCCUAAUCAACUGAAGCUACACAAACGGAGUUGAGUUAAUUUUAUCGCCAUGGAGUGUAUUAGUUAUAGCCCUGCGGUUUACAACCGAACUGAUCGUACCGAACCAAAAUUUUUGGUUUUUGGCUAAUGUUCAGUUAUGAUUUCGGUUUAGUUUGACAAGAUUUGAAAAUCAAUUCGGUUACCGGUUCAGUUUGAACGAAAAGAAGAGUUAAACAAUUUUUUUUAAAUAGAAUAUAUUAUACCAAAACUAAAUUGGUUUAUACCGAAAGUAGAUUGAUGUUAACCAUUACUCAAUUAAAUUGAACUAAGUUAACCAAAUUUAACCCAAAAAUAUCCGACUUCAAUUGAUUUUAACUGAAUUAUCAAUUUACAAAAAUAAAAAUGAAUUUCGGUCAAUUUUGUUUUUGAAAUUGAAAACCAAAAUUAACUGAUAACCAAACCGAAUUGAAAAGUUAUUCGGUUUAUUUUAGAAUUAUUUUUAAAAACUUCAGUUAACCAAAACCCGACUCACUUUGCUUUUGAUAAAAUUGAACUAUGGAAGUCGGAUGCCCGGUUUUUAUAUAUGGGAAAGAACAGCAUUGACGAAAUAUCUAAGACGAAUUCACCAUGGCCUAGGUCGGCCAUUUGGAAGUAUAGACGAUUUAAUAAAGAUUUCAAUAGUUUGAGAGACUAAAUUUUUUCUUUUACAAAUUUGGGAGUGUAUAUAUAAUUUUUUUCAAAAAGUUUGGAAAUCUGAAAUGAAUGUUUCAUCCAGUUUGGUUCAGGACCGGCCCCGACCACUUGGCUAACACUAUUUAUAGAAAAUCGGCUAUUGCUUUGUCAAGCGAAUAUGGCAUUUCAGAAUCAUAAUUUUCAUAUACUUCCGGUUUGAACAUGGUAAGGGACAGUGACCCCAUAGUCACUCACUCCCAACCUCUUAGGGAACCCUUUGGAGUAGACUGGUGGUUGAAACUAGACGACAUCAUUUCCCUUGCCCCUGCGUUGCCCAAUACAACAAGUGACAACGUGUAAAUGUGCGAUAAUUAAACGCGUCGUUCCAUCAGGCUGUCAUGACAUGACUUGUAAAGUCCACGUUUCUAAUAGUGACUAUGUACAAUGGUUUUCAGAUUCAACAUCCUCCACUUCAUCUUUUAACACUAUACCUCAUCUUCUUUUUCUUUCACGUAAUCAUUCAACACACAUUCAACUUUUAUACACUACAAUGUUUUUGUAGAAUAAAAUUCAACACCUUAUUUUACCAACUAAUAAUUAUUUUUUAUAUAUCCAAAUUAAAUAAAUCUAGUUUCUAUUUACAGAAAAUUUUAAAUGAUAAAUUUUUGUAUAAAAUAUAAAAAUAAAGUAUUUAAUUUAUAAUGUGAAUAUUGGUUUUAAAUAAAUAAGAGGAAAUGAAAAAAUCAAAAAUCUUCAAAAGGUGACAUGUGUCAUCGGUGGUCCCACUUUCUUCUUAUUCAACAUGUUGAAUCUUUUCAACAAUCAAAUAAUCCACAUCAUCAAAUUUCAUUUUUCAACAUCCUCAUUGUAGUGAUUCAACAGUUGAAUCUUUUAUUCAACACCCUCAUUGUAGAUGGUCUUAUAUAUUAAUUGAGAAACAUUAGACUAUAUACAAUGGUUUCAAGAUUCAACACCCUCCACUUCAUCUUUUAACACUCAAUUUCAUAUUAUCUUUCUUACCCAUCAUCAUUCAACACACAUUCAAUUUUUAUCCACUACAAUGGUCUUGUUGAAUAAAAUUCAACACUCUAUUUUAUUAAUUAAUAAUUUUUUUUCUAUAUCCAAAUUAAAUAAACUUAGUCUCUAUUUAUAGAUAAUUUAAAAAGAUAAAUUUUAGUAUAAGAAAUAAAAAUAAAUUAUUUAAUUUAUAAUGAAAUUAAUUAGUUUUAAAUAACUAAGAGAAUAUCAAAAUAUCAAAAAAUUUUAGAAAGUGACAUGUGUCGUCGGUGGUCCCCACUUUCUUCUUAUUCAACAUGUUGAAUCUUUUCAACACCAAUUAAUCCACAUCAUCAAAUUUCAUUUUUCAACACCCUUAUUGUAGGAAUUCAACUAUUGAAUUUUUUAUUCAACACCCCCAUUGUACAUAGUCUUAUAACCUUUAAGUGUAGCCACGUGUUAUCAUCAGAAUGAAAUUCAUAAUCCUUACAAAAUAUGUUGGUCCAAUUAAGUAUAUAUUAUACUUUUCAGUAAACUAAUCAUAAAAUUAAUUAAAGUGUACAAUUACUAUUUUCUUUUCUUUCGUUAUAUAAAAGCUACGGAAUUACCAAAUAUGACUAAUAUAUAUGACAAUUAGUGAUUUUAAUAAUAAAGAUUUGAUAACAAUUUAUAUCUUAUCCAUCGUUUUUGUUUAAUUUUAUAUUAUUAAAAUAAAUUAAACAAUCAAAUUAGCUAUAAAAUUAAAAUAUAGAUUUUUUGUAUAUGUUAUAUUUUGAAUUUUUAAAAACGACAAAAUUACUAAAACUGUUAAAAUUAUUAUGUCAAAAAUUAAUGAUCAAUAUUUAACGUCCAUUAUAUAUUAGAAGAGAAACAUUUAAAAAGUUUAGAACAUGUAGUUUGUACCAAUUAAAAAAGUGUCAUGCAGAGUUUUCACGUAAUUGGAAUGUUAAUUUGUUUGCGUGGCGGCUUGAAAAUCAAUCGAGAAUUUUGUUAGUCCAAAAUUAAAUUUUUAGGAAAUAUUAUAUUACUAGGAUAAGACAUGCGCCUUGCGUAGGGUAAAUAUAUAUGAAAAUUAUUUAAAAAAUAUCGUAAGGAAAAUAAAAUUUAUAGUAUUAAUCGAAUUAAUAUUUUUGGCCCUUAAACAAUUUUUAAAAACUUUUUCGUUAAUUACAUAUUUUGUUUACUUAUGAACUGAUCGCAUUUUUUAAAAUAUUUUAGGU